AUUUCAUUUCGCCUUCUGCCUAACGUUAAAAUAAAAAGAAAGAAAGAAAGAUAGAAAGAGAAGCAGUCUCUCCUCUCUCUCUCUUCUAUCCUCUUUGUUAGGGUCUUCCGGGAAGAGCUUCAAGUGAAAUAUUGCAAUGGCUUUCUCUACUCUCAUCAGAUCUACAGCUACCGCUCCUUUGAUCGAGGCUUCUUGUGUCGACUUCUUCCACUCACCCUCCGAUCCAUUUAAGGUUUCAAGCGUUAUUUUCAAGCAUGAUUUAAAAUCUUCCAAGAGCAUUUUUGGCACUUCAGUUCCGUCUGGGUCUUCUUCCUUACAGGGAUGCAGCGCAAGAAGUUUGCAAUCCAUCAAGGCCACAGCAACUGAAAUGCCUCCUACUAUCCUGAAAUCACAGAGUGAUGGGAGGACAAAGGUUGGAAUCAAUGGCUUUGGUCGCAUUGGAAGAUUGGUUUUGCGAAUUGCAACUUUGAGGGAUGAUAUUGAUGUGGUGGCAGUUAAUGAUCCUUUUAUUGAUACUAAGUACAUGGCUUACAUGUUCAAAUAUGAUUCUACACAUGGAGUUUACAAGGGAUCCAUCAAGGUUUUGGAUGAGUCCACCUUGGAAAUCAAUGGGAAACAAAUCAAAGUAUCAAGUAAAAGGGACCCAUCGGAGAUUCCUUGGGGUGAUUAUGGGGCUGAGUAUGUAAUUGAAUCUUCUGGAGUUUUCACUACAAUUGAUAAGGCUUCAGCUCAUAAGAAGGGUGGUGCCAAGAAAGUGGUAAUAUCAGCACCCUCUGCUGAUGCACCAAUGUUUGUGGUUGGGGUGAAUGAGAAGACAUACAGGCCAAACAUGGAUAUCGUUUCUAAUGCUAGCUGUACCACCAAUUGUCUUGCUCCUCUUGCAAAGGUGGUUCAUGAGGAAUUUGGUAUUGUUGAAGGUUUAAUGACGACUGUCCAUGCAACUACAGCUACACAAAAGACAGUAGACGGUCCAUCAAUGAAGGAUUGGCGUGGGGGCCGUGGAGCAGGACAAAAUAUCAUUCCUAGUUCCACUGGUGCUGCCAAGGCUGUUGGAAAAGUUCUUCCAGAACUCAAUGGAAAACUUACUGGAAUGGCCUUCCGUGUGCCAACUCCUAAUGUUUCUGUUGUGGACUUAACUUGUCGACUUGAGAAAAGUGCAUCUUAUGAAGAUGUCAAAGCAGCAAUUAAGUAUGCAUCAGAGGGACCCCUAAAAGGCAUUCUUGGUUAUACUGAUGAGGAUGUUGUCUCUAAUGAUUUCAUUGGUGACUCAAGGUCAAGCAUAUUCGAUGCCAAGGCUGGGAUAGGAUUGAGUGCCUCAUUCAUGAAGCUGGUGACUUGGUAUGAUAACGAGUGGGGAUACAGCAACCGAGUGCUGGACCUGAUAGAGCACAUGGCAUUGGUGGCAGCACAUCACUAAGAAUUUUUAAUGAGGUUUAUGGCUGCUUACAGCAGCAAUUUUAGCACAUGCUAUGAGUUUCAUCCAAAGUGCAGUUGCAGAUUUUAUAGAAAUUCAGUUUUUGCCAGAGUGGCUUCACAACCCCAACACACCCCACACCACCCCCCCCCAACCCCACCACCCCCCCCCCCCCCCCCUCUCUCUCUCUCUCUCUCUCUCUCUGAUCAUGUGAAUUUGAACAUCCCACGAUGCAAGUCUUGAAAUAAUGUGAUAUUCAGCAUGUAUGAGGUCUGUCUAUGAACACACCUGUGUUUGGACUGCCUGAUUAUACAGAAGUUAAUGAGUUGGUUACAUGACUGCAUGUCGUAAAUGCAUUUUGAACCACCGUAUUACGUGCAA